CAGCAAUGAGCAGGAGUGCAUGGGGGAGGGGGUUAUAAAUGGAUAGAGGGCUGGAUGUGUUGUUGCUGUCCAUGGUGCUGAAGGUUGAAUUUGAGGAUUGGGUACAAGGAGGCAGAAGUGAAUCCAUAAUGUGGGCUGCACUAUAACUUCCUGAUGUUAGGUAAAAGUGGCACCAGGUUUAAAUGAUUUGGCAAUGCUGAGUCGCAGACUUUGGAAAAGCUCUGGUAAUCAUGGUGCAGACAGUGCAGGUGGCAGUGCUGGGGGCACCAGCGGUUGGCAAAACCUCCAUCAUCCGACAAUUUGUGGCACAUGAAUUCCAUGAGGGAUACAUUCCGACUGAGCACCGGGAGUUGCACCGUGCCACAGCAGUCCUAAGUGAGAGGAUGUAUGAGCUAAUAAUUUUGGAUCUUCCCAAUAUGCCCUGCUACCCAGGCACUGCAGGACAGGAUUGUUUAGAUCCACAGUUCUGGGGCCUCAGAAACACUAAAGUCUUCAUCUUGGUCUUUGAUAUCUGCAAUCCAGAGAGUUUCCACCACGUCAAACAGCUAAGGCAGCAGAUCUUAGACAGUGCCAGUAAGCCCCCACUGAUAGUUGUGGUUGGUAAUAAGAGAGACCAGCAGAAACAUCGCUUUGCCCUUCGCCAUGGUUUGUCGGUGCUGGUGAAAAAGAACUGGAAAUGUGGUUAUUUAGAGUGCUCAGCUCGGAACAACUGGCAUAUCCUCCUGCUCUUCAAGGAGCUGCUGAUCAGCAUGUCUGCCAGAGGGAGGCGCACUACCAGCAGCAUCUGCCUACAAGGAGCUCUGCACAGGGAACGAUGCAGCAUCAUGUGAUGCAAGUUUUGUAACCCACUUUUGAUGGUUAAAGUCCCCCCUCUGUCAGUGUCACACACACAGGAAUGGGUCUCCUUCAGUCAGCCUGUUAAAAACACUUAGGAAUGAGACUCCUUCAGUCUGUCUGUUGAACACCCUUGGGGAUCUAUCAGCCUCAUUUACAUAAAAAGAGAACCCCUUCAUUCUAGUCUACAUUCAUUGCCACAUACACGAGCUAAAGGGCUAGUUACGUCUGUCAGUGUCAUGCACAAGUUAUGGUGGCUGCUUCAUAUACAAGAAGAGUUUCCUCAGUCUGUCACUUAGUGCCACACACAACAGAGGGAUCGUUUGGUCUAUCAGUGUCAUACACCACAAUAAGGGCUACUUUAUGAUAGGCUGACAGAGAAAUGUGUGUAUCUAACACACAAAUUGAGUGAGCCUUUCUGUUGUGUGAUCUGAAGAGACUGAACCCUUAGAGUGGAUUUGUGACACAGAGAUUGUCACAUAGGCACACUCAGUGAAUACUCUCUCUUGUCUGUAACAUGGACAGAUUAUUGCUAUAAUUAUUUAUAAAGUGGCAACAUAUUCCGUAGCGCUGUACAAUAGUUAUGUCAGUGUCAUUCACACACAAACAGGAGAAGGGCUUUCACAGUUUUCCCUAACCACAAUGGAAGUGGCAUCUCACAUAGUCACCCUCACGGUUCUCUAAGUCUGACAGUACCACACACAGAGGACAAGGGCUACCUCAAUCUGUCAGUAACACAGACACUUCCAAAAAGGGCUCCCUCCGACUGUCUGAGAUUUAAAAACCUUGAUCGAUGUAACAACUACACAAUGACGGUUCUGCUAUAAAUGUGCACACAGAUUAGAGUGUUUCAUUUAGUGUGCAUUUGUCAUAGUCAUACAUUCACAGAGAUGUCAGAAUUUUGAAAUUAGUUUAAUCAGCAGCAACAAAAAAAAAAAUUACACACAUUUAUACUUGUCAUGUUUAAGCAGACCUCUCUACUUAACACAUAUACGCAUGAAACCCAAACCCAUUUCUGUAUACACAUAUACACAGGUCAGCAAAUACUUUCAGUGUGCACAGAAACGUCCAAGAACAUGUAAACAACCACAAACACUUUCAAUCUACUUACACACCUCUCUCCCUCUGUAGAACUUUCCCAUGAAAUGCAAAGCUCAGUAAUGUUUCUGCAGGGCAAAGCUAAGAGGGAUGACAGUAGUUGGACCUGUAGUUAGACCUGUGCAGUCAAUGCUACCAUGUAUUACAGAAGUUAUUUUUUUUUUAUAAUAUGUGUAGCAUGCAAUAUGUCUAAAAAUAAAACAGACUAUCUGAUUUCCCCAUUGCCCACAAUAAUUAGAAUAUGUCUCAUGUCCAGGCUCUUAAGAGGAACCAUAAAACAAUUAUUUUUGACUCACAAACAUUUAAUCAUCCUGCACUCCCACCCACUCUGUAAACAACAGAUUUUAUCCUGUCUCAAUAAAUAGAACUUUACUCUUAAACAAGCAACCAGGAAACACAGGAUUUGUUAAUCAAGAUUGCUUGAAAAUAUAAAAAUAUACAGUCUGUAGCAGAUAAGUACUCUGAGACGCGGACUUUCGCAGUUCCCAGUGUUCUAUUCUACAUGUCAAACACCUGGGGACAGUCUUUAAUAGGUUCCUUGGCAGUCUAUGACCUGUCAUCUCCCGUUGAUUAGGCUCUCAUGGGCCAGCAAUACCAGAAGCAUACUGCCUGAGUGGAGUCCAGACUGGCAAUAAGGCUGGCCAGAUUGACAUGCAGUCAUCCGUCUAUCGCUAACUUUAAUUAUAAAUAAACUAUAAAUUAAGUCAGAUCACCACUGCAUUAACAGACAUGCAAGUUAUAACUGUAUUACCACUCCCGCACCAAUCAAUAUUUUACAGAUGAUUGUUAUUGUAAAAUGUCUGUUCUUUUAUAGAACUAUUGCUCAGUAUUACAUAUACUUGCUAUAAAGUCCCCCAUCCUGUUCUAUACAAUCUGUACCUACUAAUUCACCAUGUUUUUUCCUAUAAUAAUUCAUAAUGAUCUUCAUCAAGACUUCUCCCUAUAAAUCAUUCUAUUUCUCCAUCCAUACGUUCUAACACAACCGUUUCUCGUAUAACCUCCCUCUGCAAUUACCAUAUUGCUCCAUUCAUUCUUCUCUAACUAUCAAUCCAAAUAACCUCUCCUAAUAUCUUCUAUUGUUCCAUAACACCUUUUCUCAAUAACUCCUCCUAUUGCCCAUGUAACCGUACCAAAUAAUUCCUCCUUAUUGCUCUGUAAUACCUUACCAUAUAAUUGCUCUUACAGCUCCAUGUUACCUCUCCCAUUAGUUCCUCCUAUUGCUUCAAAGAUUCCUCCAUAUAAUGUUUCCAAAUAAAUCCUGCAAGUGUGCCAACAAAAUCCUUCCGACAAAUCUUUCUAUUGCUCUAAAUAACAUCUCCCAGUAAAUCCAGGUUCCGAUCCAUACAGUCCGUUCAAUAACCCCUUUCCUGUGUCACUUAACUCUCAAAUACUUCCUUCUGCUGUCUCUCAGCAAAAACAUCUCCUAUUCCAAUACAUCAUUAAAACGGAUCUGAUUUAUAUUUUCCAUAUAUUCACUCUACUAACAAGUGAAGUUCUUCCUAUUAUCUUAUUUAUAGAAAGCAUUUUGAAAAAGGCAAUAAAUGGAAAAUCGACUGAUGUAAUGCUUUUAUCCUAUCUAGAAUUACUAAAGUGAAUUUCUCGUUUGUCUUUAUAUAUGCUGUUCUUGCCAAGGGCUCCACCUUUAUUACCCUUUGUUUUUUUCCAUGGCUCAUUUAUUCUGUACUAUGGAUAUUUGUACUGCCUUUAAAAAUAAAGCAAUAUGACAACAGAA